AUACUUUUCACUUUAUCCAUAGGUAUCAUCGUGUUGAAGCGAGGACGAGGAGUUGAUAGACUUUCUUUGACUUUGUUUUAUCUUGCGGUUUUUCGUGAUGUCAAUGGACCAACGAAGUUUUGUUUUGUGAAGGCAAUAUCAUCUUGAUCUUGUUCCACGAGCAGACACAAUUGGCAAGAAAAAAAAAAUAUGUCUAGCAAGGACGGCAAAGACGGGGCCCCAGGAAGUAUGGGCAAGGGGGGGAAAAGCAUCCACAAUGCGGAGGAGAUAUGGAUGUGUCAGGUUUGAAAUCGUCAAAGUUGAAAUACUUUGUCAUGCAUAAAACGGAUACCAGUUAGACUUACAGUUUGUAGUCGGUGCAUGACAAAUUUUCCCGGUCACGGAAGCGAGUCUGUCAUGCGGUUUAGGGCAAAGGAGCUGCCUUCUGUCAUGCUAGUUGGCAGUCCAACUUUUGACCCUUACCAGGACUAAAAUCUGCCUCCCGUGGGUCCUCUGCAAUAGAGUCACUUUUUGUAUCGCAUUUUAUGCAUUACAAAUUGAAAUUAUUUCAACUUUGACGAUUUCAAACCUGACGCUUCCAUAGGAGAGCGGGCAGUGGUCGAUGUCAGUGGAGCAGGCGCAGGCACAAUUCCUGGGGGACCUCAUGAAGUCCACCGCCUGGAUGCACAAGUACGGAUGCGUCCUCUCGGCGGUGGAACGCGGCAAGGUGCUGGCGUACCAGGAGAAGUGGAAGAAGCUGUACAAAAUUGAGGGAGACGCUACAGGCAAGUCGAUCAAAGAGCUCUGUUCAGCGACUAUCCCACGAAAAUAAAAGUGUUUACAGUUACACAUUUGUUGUCAAUUCAGCAACACAAAUUUUCUCUGAAUGGGAGAGAAAAUAACUUGCAAUGCGCAGACCAUAAGGGAAAACACUUACUUAUGACAUGAAGGUCGGAAGCAUUUCUGGCAUGACAGAGGUUCUUGUCUGUCAUGUUGAGGUUGCAAAGCAAUGUGUAACAGUAACUGUGACUUUUUCUUUUCUCUCACAUGAUAGCGACCCCCGACCUGCCAGUGGAGCAGCCGAACGGGCUGGUGGAGUUCGUUUCGGACCCAGUGAAGGGUACGGACUUCGUAUCCUAUGUAAAAACGUACCCACCCCAUAGUCAAGAUGGGGAAUCGGCUAGACAAAUCCACAAGCUUUGGCUGUUUCGCAUGACAAAUUUGGACGCGUAGCGUAGUGCUGUUUGAGCUAGUUCAGCAGCAUUACAGAUCGAGUCUCUCAUGCUGAUUGGAGCAUGACAGAUUUCAAAACACCAUUAGAAAAUGCUUCUCAUGGGGCUCCGCAUGAGAAACAUUUUAAGCAUGCAGAUUUGCAUGACAAAUAUGGUGUGCGAACGUUUUUACACGGGAUACUUCGAAGGGGUGCCAUACCGUUGCCGGCGGACCGGAAAGGUCCGAUUUUACGUGCGGCGGACGGUUUGCAAGUACGCACCCGGGGAGCUCGACGCGGCCGCUCCGGAGCAGUGGGACCUGGGGACGGACCGAGACGGGAGGACCUUGCUGUUUCACAACCAAAACGUGCUGUCUCCGGCGGGCGAUCCUGACCACCAUGAGCAAGGUGCGGAGAUGGAGAUUCGGCUCUCGGUGCUCACCUCCAGCGACCCCUCGGGCAAGCAACCGCUCACCUACUUUCUGGAACCCGAUCCGUCGACGAUCCUCUCAUAAACAAAGACGAAGGGUUGAAGUGGAAGCUAACGCGGAAGAUGAACUACAGCAAUUUUGCUGCAUUUCUUAUUCUUUCCAUUGUAGUUUCUCAUCAUCUGUGAGGACGUAGAUCCGCCACAGCAAUGCAGAGUCCUUCUAUCAGGGAUCGACUCCGUAGUUCGAUGAAAACUCUCCGCAAUGAGCACGAAUGAAGCUGGUCGUCAACAAGCUCGACCUAUUGCAGAGACGAGUGGAGGACGCCGAUUCUAUUUUGCUGUUACUUGAUUUGUUUAACAUAAAGACUCGAAUUGAUGGGGUGCACGUGCUUGUACUAGACCGUCUAGCACCGAAACCGAAAUCGUGGAGGAAGGUGGAGAUCACGUGCACGUGCACCUGAAAUCACUCU